AUGCCGGGCCGCCAAAAAUUACCGCCAAAUGUGGCUGGUGACUUGGCCUCAUCCGGCAGGUUUUUCCGCGCCAGCAUGUGUCAGGACGCCACAUUUACUGUGGCGCAGCGGGCCGCCGCAAUCGAGCAACAUAUCAAGAGUAAUAAGGGCAAAGAGCCAACUGUCCCGGCUAAACAGGGCAGUGAAAAACUGCAGGAUGGGGCGACUGAGAACGAAACGCCCUUGACGGGAGCAAAUGCGGAACCGGAGAAUAUAUCGUCAAAUGUCUCGUCGAUUGAUUCUGAAACUCCGACGCUAGAGUCCUUGACCCCUGAUAUCGGGGCUAACCAACCUCUUCGUACGACUCCUGCUACUACUAUUACCACUCCUAUCCCCAGUGCAACCUCCUCCUCUACAUUGCCGGUUCUCAGUCUACAAUCCUCUCCGUCAAAGUCUACACUGUCACGCUUAGUAGCCAUUGCGACUGUGAAACGCUGGCCAAGUCCGUCCUUUGAACCACCCGCCGCAAUUGAUGCCUCCAACUCGAACCCUGUGUCGUCCGCCCUUGCAUUUGCAAAUGCGCCGUCCCCUACAGACACAAAACCCAUAGCCGAUUCGACGCCAUAUUCGCUUUCUUUAUUACGGCCGAGGCCUGAACCCGAUCCCCCUGCGUUGUUUCCUGCACCGAGUCAAGCCCCAGGACGCAACUCCACGCCAAAACUGCCCCAUAAACCGAACAUGGUGUUUCAGAAACCAAAAGCGAUGGUAGAUGACAGUAACAUCGAUGGCGGGGUUGCUAUGCCCCGCCUAGAAGAUCUUCUGCGUCACCCGGAAGAUUUAGAUAAGAUUCCGGCUCUGAAGGCCGAAUAUUCGAGAAAAAAGGCGGCGGUGGAUGCACAGCUUCGGGAAGGAUUGAGGGACCAACUUGAAACCGUGCAACGGAGCAUAAGCCAGCUUACCGAGGGUCAACGGCAUGUUUUGAAAACCAGAGAUGAACUGCAGGGUAUAGAUAAACUAUGUGCAGAGUCUCAAGGAACUGUUGGGGAUUUCUCGCAAAUAGACAAGUUGGCUAGGAUACAGCGGAAUUUCGAAGCUACGAUAAUGAUGAAGAAGGGGCUGGAGAGCUUCCAUAACGAUCUUACCGAAGUCGAGCGGCUGUUGAGAGAGGAUGACCAGGAUCUUGAAAAUCAACCGAAUUUGCUCAAUGCUCAUAUGGCCAUUACCAGGCUAAGGGAUUUCAGAGACGAAGCCAUGGAUCAAAUUCGGAAAGCGCGGGAUAGCAGUAACGAGGCAACUUUGGUUGAAUGGUUUCAGAGGCUUGAUUCUGUGAUAGAGUGGUUCGAUGAUCACGUUGGAACUGCAAUUAUGAACCUUAUCCCAUUGGUACAGACAGACAACCGGAGUAUGGUAGUCCGGCUGGCUCUGAUUGUUAUGAACGAAGAGAAGAACGAUUCCAAGGUUCGGGCUUUGCAGGAAGCCCAAAAGGACCACAAGGCACUGGCGAGCCGGUUCAAGUCUAUGAACCUUGGCCCUAAGACCGUCAGGGGCUAUAAAGAGAACUUUCUCAAGAGUAUCGAGCUUUAUGCGCAGACUCAGUUUGAGAAGUCUAAGGAGACUUUCCUUGACGAUCCAGAGAAGCUAGAGAAGAGCUUUAAGUGGUUCUUCAACGAUUUGUUUACUGUGAAACAGGGCAUGCAGUCUCUUAUGCCGAAGAAGUGGAAGAUAUACAAGGUCUACACAAAUAUCUAUCACCGAAUGAUGCAUGACUGGCUCAUCGAGUUCGUCGAUGAUCCUGAGCUCCCCACGGCUAAUAUGCUUGCAAUCAUACAUUGGUCUGAGAAGUACUAUAAGAAAAUGGCGAAGCUGGGUUGGAAACAAUCAGACCUUGUUCCCAACGUUCUGGAUGACCGUGAGGGUGAGCUUGUCCGGGAUUGGCGGAACCUCAUUAUCAAAACGUUGGAUGAGUGGAUGGAGCGGAUGUUUGCAACUGACAAGAAAUCAUUCCUUGAACGAGAUAUGGAUGCUUUGGAUACUAAUUCGGAAGGAUACUUCCGUACAAAGACGCUUGGAGAUAUGUGGCGAAUGAUCCACGAGCAGCUCAUGGCCGCAAGCUAUUCUGAUCGAACAGAUGUCACGGAGGGGGUUAUAGACGCCAUGUUCCGCGCUCUGAAGACUCGACAAACCACCUGGCAAACCGUCCUUGACGAAGAAUGCGCACGCUACAAAAACCCCACUACAGAUCAGUCCGAGGGACUGCAGCAGCUUCAAGACUGGCUCAUCGCAGUUGCCAACGACCAAAUUGCCUGUAUCGACGACCAUGACGAAGCCUCGGGCCAACUGGGCUACCUCUCGCGCUUCAACCGUGACUUCGAACCGCUUGUCACGCCCAAAUACCUCUCAUCUCGUGCCACUAUGGAGCUCGACAGCCUGCGUGAUGGCUAUGUUGAUCUCAGCACACAUUGCAUAAGCCUCUUCAUCGACCUAAUCUUCACAGUUGACUUCCGCACCACGCUGCCGGACUUCUUCACGCCGAAAUGGUAUGGCGAGUUUGCUGUCAAGCGCAUGAUCUCUACCUUUGAAGACUACAUGUCCGACUAUAGCGCCGUGCUUCACUCAAGUCUCACGGAUAUUCUCAUUGAGGAGCUUUCCGACGAGCUGCUCGUGCGCUACUUGUCCGCUAUCCGCAACAAGGGCGCCAAGCUGCGCCGCCAAGACCCCUUCACGGAUAAGUUUAAAGACGACGUCUUGACCGUGUUCGGGUUUUUCCAGAAAUUCCCAGACGCGUUUGCUGCUACGAUUAAGGAUCGAUGGCGGGUGGUUGAUUGGCUUGUUAGGCUACUGGAGGCCGAAAAGGCGGCGGGAGUUGUGGCUGUCUAUGAGGCUUUUAAAACCGAAUAUUGGGAUUUGCAGCUGUCGUGGGUAGAGGCGGUAUUGAGGAGUCGAGAUGAUUUCGAGAGGUCGAUGGUCAGCGCUGUGAAGGCUAAAGCUGCGGAAUUAUACGUGGAACGUGGGGUGGAAACGAUUAUGGGCAAAGUACGAUGA